CCUAAGGCUUCUCAGCUGGGCACACUGGGUAGGGGUUGCAAGCUCAACGGAGACAGCACGAAUGGCAUUUUUUCAUCAUAUAAAGACCAGAAUGGAGAAGCGGAGUUUAAAUCAAAGAAAUCAUCAAAACCCAAGAUUAUUCAUAUGCAGCGCAGGGAAUCUAAGGGAAAAUCUGUUGAAGGUUCAGACAAAGGAUCAAAUAGUUCCACUCAAGAGUCCAAGAAACAGCCACAGAAAUUCAAGCCUCCUGUGCCACACCGACCAUCAAAGGUACCUGAGAUCGAUAAAUAUCCUGAAGAGGAAAAUCCAGAGGAAAUGGAUGGACAGAAACAAAAAAAGAAAGUGAAAGUCACAUUUGUUCCACAUAGAGGAUACGUAAUUGGCUUCUCCAGGGAAAAAGACAGGUUGGAUGAAUUGAAGGGAGCAUGUGGUUAUACGCCUCACUCAGAGUUCAAGGAAGACACAUUACUGAAGACUGAAGCUAGACACAGUUAUUCAUCUGGUGAUUUUAAGAGUUCAUAUUCUAAUGGGUUUGUGAGAUCUCCUUCAUGGGAUUUAAAGGCAGCCGAUCACGAGAAAGAGUUUAAUAAAGGAACAGAUGUCGUCACACCUUCAUACGGCAAUGGAAAACAUCAAGAGAUGCAAGACUGUCGACCAAAGAAGCCAAUAAAAUUUAAAGUUCCCCGCUUGCAAAGAAGACAUUCAAAGAGUAUUGAAGAUGCUGAGGUCAAACAGCAGGCAACCAUAGACCACGAUGCUUCAGCGCUAAAGAAAACUUCAAUUCUUCAAGUGACAUCAAUGCCCCAGCGAGACUCAAAGUGCACCGUGGAUGAGAUCUCUCAAAAGGGUGCAGAUCUGUUCAAGGCUGGUGACCAUGAGCUUCCGGAGGAUACUGACUGGGAGGAAUACACUCCUGACAAUAAGCCUCAGAAAUCCCCAAAAAUGAGCAAGCAUCACAAAGGAUUCAAGAAUAAAGAUGUAAAGGACUUUCCUGAUGACCUUGAGCCUUCAGGUGCUAUCUCUGGAGACUAUUACCUGUCUGAUGCUGCUAAGGUUGAAUGGAUGUCUGCUCAGAUGGACAUGAGAAGAGCACAAGGUCAAGAGGAAGAUCAGAGGCUGGAAGAGGGAGAAGAGGAAUGGGACACUGACAGCCUCAUGGAGUGGUGGAAUACAGUGGAGUUCUGGGAUGAACUACCUUUUGAUGAGCAAAUCAGCUUUAAAGAGGAUGAGACCAUAUCAUUUAAAGCUAUUGCUGAUAAGGUCCAUAGUGGCCUCCGCAUGUACCUGAAGCUCUUCAUGGAGCGAGCUGAACUUCUCUACCAGCAUGUGAUGAUCUUAUACGGCAUCGCUGAUGACCUCAGUAACUUCCAGCAUUGUGCUAAAAUCGCAAACAUCACUGGAGGCACCACCACAGCUGUGGGCGGAGCUGUAGCCAUUGCUGGCCUGAUGCUAGCUCCUGUCACUUUUGGUGCUUCCAUUGUCAUCUCGGCCAUUGGACUAGGUGUGGCCACAGCGGGCGGCAUCACAGCAGCUUCAGCAACCAUCAUGGAUAAUGUCAACAACAUGCAUGACCGUAGAAAGAUUGAAAUAAUCAUUCAGGACUAUGAGGCCCAGUUGGUCGAGAUGCAGCGCUGUUUGCAGUUUAUCACUGAAGGUCUUCGACGCCUACGUGGCCACCCAUUGCUACGACGAAACAACUACUUCACUGGUGAUUGGGAAGUACGACGGGCCCUCCAAACCAUUAGCUUCGUAAGUGACCCGGUAGAACAAGCUGAAGAGAUAACAAACAAUACACUGGCCAAGUUGGCCAGCCUGCAUAAAGAAAUGGACAAGUACUUCACCAAAGAUUCAAAGGAGGUAAAGAAGGGCUGUAAGAAGGAGGUGACUGCUGAGGUUAAAAGCCUGGCCAAGAAACUGCAAGAAGGCUUAAUGGAGCUCAACUCUAUCAGAGAACAACUGCUUGAUGCAUGUGGAAACAUCUGAAACCAGCCAUAAUUAGACUACAGUAUUGAAAUGAUCAGUCUGAGUUUCGAUACUCUAUAGCACAUUUUAUCAAAUAAAACGUAAUAUGAUUGUAUUUACACAUAAUGCACCAGUUAAAGU